AUGCCGACGCGGCCACGGGGGCCGGUAGUACAGAGGUCGCGGGUUCGAGCCCACGAAAAGGAAAAAAUUAAAAAACGGCUGGACGCCGUACCAAGUCGUGGCAACCUCGUCAAGUGGAAGGGUUAUGACGACUCGCACACGUCAUGGGAACCGGCGCGCAACGUUGCCAAUGCGCCGGCCCUCAUAGCCGACUUCCACCGGAAGAAUCCAAACACCCCUUGUCGCCUCAACGCUGCUACCUUUGGUGGUCUCAACUUUCAGCCAAUGCCUUCGCCGCUGACUGAAGCACGCUGCCGCUCCGGGUGGGAGAUGGGCAAGGGCACCUCGCAUGAGGUCAUGCGCCAUUGA